AUGGCUACUAACAAGUGGAGCAUCAUCUUCCUCUUAGCAAUGAUAGCAUCUCUAGCUACUUCAGUUCUAGCUACUUCAAUUGCAGGCAAGUCGUUUAUUGUUGGUGACGACAAAGGUUGGACUCUCAACGUCGAUUAUCAAGCUUGGGCCAAUGGCAAGAAAUUCUGUGUUGGCGAUGAACUUGUUUUCAAAUAUCCCGUUGGAAAACACAAUGUUCUCUCAGUCAAUGAAACUAGCUUCCAAAAGUGCAUAAUUUCUCCUACUAGUGAACCUUUGUCCACUGGAGAAGAUCUGAUAACCCUAGAUACCCCAGGAAAAAAAUUCUUCAUCUGCGCCAUUGGAAAGCACUGUGAGUUGGGUGGUCUAAAGCUUUGCAUCGAUGUUCUCCCUCAAUCAAAGCCUCCAGGUCCUCCGGCUACGGGCAAGGAGAUUAUGGUUGGAGAUGAUAAAGGCUGGACCAAGAACUUCGAUUACCAAGCUUGGGCUAAUGGAAAGGAAGUCUGUGUGGGAGACAAACUUGUGUUCAUAUACCCACCAGGAAAACAUAAUGUCCUUAUAGUAAAUGAAACUGCGGUUCAGCAAUGUAUCAUCCCUCCUCCUGAUGCUAAUCAAGCUCUAAUCAGUGGAUAUGACAUCGUCACCGUAGAAACCCCAGGAAAGGAAUGUUUUAUCUGCGGUAUUGGAAAGCAUUGUGAACUGGGCAUGAAGCUUUGCGUUAACGUACACCCUGCACCAGUUCCGGCUAGUCCAUUGUUACAAGGAACCAGAAAACUCGCCACCACCAAAAAUCUAGGCUCCAAAUGA